AUGCGGCGCGCGCCCCCUCCGCCCCCCGCCGGAGACCAGCUUCGGCCCCCUAGCGACAGGGACAUAAGAAACCCUCGCCCCGGCCACCCCCCCUUGCCCCCCCCCCAUAAAUGUUCCCCCUUCCAAUGUGUUCAACUCCGUUUUUUGGAAGGCGGGGCUCGACCAUGGCCGGGAGGGCCCAGCGGCCGCCUGCCGUCCCGACGGUCAAGGGCGGGGCGUUGGCCCUUAUCGGGCCCCCUUCGAAGGAGAGCUGCGGGCGGGCCUAAGGGAGUCCAUCCGACCUCGCCACGGGCCCCCGAGUGUGCUGGUGCCCGAUCGCAGGAUUUAACUGGACGGGCGGCCGGCCGCGGCAGGCCGCUGGUUGCCUUGUGCCGAAGGGCGAGCCCGUUGGCGGGGGCGCCGAUGGGGCGGCCCGCCCGUGGGCUCGUGGAACGUGGGCCGGCCCGGCCCGCCCCCCCCUAA